CACAAUGUCUACUGUCUUUCCGUGGAUGUCAAGGUCAGUGCGGAGUUCUUACGGGCCACAAGGUGAGAGAACCUGGCUGGUUUGCUUGUCAGGUAUUGAACCUUUCACACUGGUCAAAAACGAAUUUUCCACUCAAAGUAAAACAUAUCAAUGUACUUUAUCGCACUGAUCCCAAAUAUGGAGUCAGACUCUGUCCCGCAUGUCUAGGUGUUAAGGUUUUGAAUACAUUCAAGAAAUUAAAAUAAUUUUAAUCAAAUGGCUGGUGUUGAGUAGGGUGACGCACGCCAUAAACAUUUAACGCGAUAGGUAGAGCGCAAAGCGUCCGGAUGUUACGUCUUUACUCCAUUUCAGGAUGAACCUAGCUUUGCAUUAGCAAAAAUAUUAUUAUAAAUUAUGAACACUAUACAGCUUUAUCGACCGAAUUAAACAACAGCUCAGAUCACAACUCAAACAUCAUUCUGUGAUGACCCGAAAUAAGUUGACCUUCUUCUUGGACUUAACCUGGGGUGCACAAAACAUGUGUACAUUUUUUUUUUUAACGUGAAACAGACGUGAGCACAGCAACCAUCACAAAGUGAAACAGUGGCCUCAUCGAUCUGAGCACACAGAUGGUCGGCACAAUGUUUAGCACGAAGCAUUAUUUGAUCCUUAUAAAAUUUUCUUACCACCACUUCUUAUUAAAAUGGGCCUCGUGAAAACAUUUUGAAGCAGCAAUGGAUUGUAAUGGACAAGGUUUUCAGAAUCUGAAAGAGAAAUUCUGAGCAAUCAAAAGUGAUGCUUAUCUGAUUGCUGGAAUCUUUAUUGGGUCAGAAGUCCGCAAACUGGUACGUGAUACUGUAUUUAAAAAUUAGCUGAGAACUUAUUUAAACUUGCAGCCUGGGAUGUAUGUCCGUUGGUGGUUUAAAACUCUAUGUGAAGCCCUAAGCUUAGAGCUAAGUUAACAGCAUACAACCAUUUCGUCUCCUGAUGUCCCUAAAAUGCAUUUCUUACAUUCUUGUCUGAUUUUUUUAAAAACACUUAACUGUUUUGAUGAAAGCGAUAAGAAAUCAAGCAAUAAAAUUUAUAACUGGUAAUAGGUUAAAUUUGUAUUUUAAUUCAGCUAUAAAAGAAUAAUACAAUUGAUCAUAGUCACACAGUUAUGAAAGCAAAUAUUUGCCCUGCAUUUUUUAAAUAUUUUUUUUUUCAAUAAAAAAAAAAUGAUUUUUAUAUGAAGUAGCACAACUUAGAGUCAUGGAGUGCUAAACAAAAUCUGACUUCAGAUUUGGACUCAUCACACUCGAUUUAAGCACAAACCUCACGAUAGAUACCCAGUAUCUAAUAACUCCCCCCCCCCCCCUUCUUAUUGCCCAGUGUUAGCAAGUUUUAUAAAUGAUAUAUUUAAGCACAAACCUCACGAUAGAUACCCAGUAUCUAAUAACUCCCCCCCCCCCUUCUUAUUGCCCAGUGUUAGCAAGUUUUAUAAAUGAUACCUACUUGGAUUUUUUUUUCUCACUUCAGAUUUGAGUUUAAUGAAAUAUCUUCCAAGAGAAUUGGUUAUUGCAAUGAUUCAGUCAAAUAGGCUUUUUUUAAAUAUUAAUUUUCCACUGUAUCCUGCCAUUUGCAUUUUGUAAAGCUCAAGUGUCACUUUAUGUGAAGUUGUAAAGAGACUUAAAAAGAUCUGUAUAGAAAAGUAAACGAUGCCAUCUUAGCUUGCAUCAUACGAUUAAUGGAUUAUUUCCCAUUGUGGACGACGCAGAACGGAAGCCAUUCACGACCAGGAAGUAUAGUGACUAGCUAUAUUUAUGUGCCUAUCGGGCAAUGGUCACACAGUGACUGAAUGUCGCUUGGAAUACAAUUGUCACGUCAACGAUUAUUGUGGUUGUUUAAGAAAUGAAUUGAGAGCAGUAACGAGCAAAUGUAAUAAAUGGAGAGGAAAUUAAAGUGAAGGUGGUUGUCCAAACCCCCCGCCCCCCCCCCCACCCCUCAACCCCCUCUUUUUUUUCUUCUUUCAAAUUUCGUAAAUGGAUUUUGAACGAUGCAUACGUUUUUAUUCCUCUUCACUUAAUCUGACCACACCAGGUUGAUGUGUGCGUAAUUUUGUCUGCCCAUCCCUCAGGCGUCUCGCCAACUGCCUCCCCAACGUGUUUGUGUCCAGUCGGCUGGAGAAUGUCGUGUACGCAGGGAUGUCACGACUCAUGGCGGACCUCCACUGUUUCCAAGACCUGUUACGUCAUCCUGUCACGUGGCGUUACGUCAUCAACAGCCCGGGUCAACAGUUUCCCCUCAGGUGAGCAAACAGUGUUGUGUCACCCUGAAGUGCAAUCCGUCUUUUGAGCCCCCAGACACCCUCCUAGGCCCCGUGUUUGCCAAUCUGUGUCUUGAUGACCUCACAGAGGAACACUGGGGACAGCCUUUUUAGAAAUUGUACUAUUAUUUUACGUAAGUCAUCAUUUUUUUUUACAGAGAGUUCAUUACUCAGAAAUAUUAGCAUUUUACGGUUCAACAACCAUCUGUUAAAUUAUCCUGGUCCUAAUUAUACCCCGCGAAACAAUGGUGGCAGCAAUGCGUGAACUUAACAUCUACUAAAGGUACUUGGAAAAAAAAACAUGGCGUCUCAAGUGACGCUCUUUGUGAGAAUGUCAAUAAUUGCUACCCCCCACCCCUUUCCACCACACUUUUGUUUACGCCCCUGUGUUAUAGUUAUAUGCUAAUCACCGCCACCCCCUUUUUACAUCGCAGAUUUAUUACAUCAUAUUUAAAUUGAGACUAUUUCCGUAAAACAAAAGAAAAUAUUAAGCAUAUAUAUAUACACACACAUACAUACACAUUAGGUAUAGCUCGGCCAAACAUUGGCGGCAGCAAAUGCGUGAACUUCCCAGUCUACUAAAGUUACUUGACAAAACAUGAACUCAAGUAACGCAAAUUUAUGAAUCCCAAUUUUUGCUACAUCACUUCCGCGCCCCCCUCCCCCCCCCCCCCCCCCUCAAAUGAUAAGUCACCGCACACUUUUUAUUUCACGCCCAUGAACGAUAUUAAGAUAAGAUAAGAUAAGAUAAGAUUCUUUUAUGGAUCCAAUUAAAUGGAAAUGUUUUUUGAUUGCAUUAUACAUUUCCAGCACAAAAAUGAAACGAUUUGAACUCAAGACAUUUAUAAUAAAUUAUUUCAAACAGCCAUUCAGUGAGUUCUCUUGGCAAAAUCGGGGACUUAUUAGUUCUCAUUCAGAUGUGUGACUUCAGAGGACUUCAAAGAAAAUGUUACGCGCCAAACGCAGAUGCGUUAUAUCAAAAAAAAAAUAUCCUUUAGCGUAGUCAUCGAGAAUUAUAUUUUGCGCGCUAUGGAACUCAAUAUUGAACCAUACUUUCUUUCAAUCACUAGAAUUAUUUAAUGUGUAAUAUACUCUCAAUACCGAAUUCGCUGAUUAGGAAGCAGUCGAUUAGAAAGCAGUCCACGAGUCACACCAAAACCGUAACAUCUAUAAGAGAUAUAUAUUUUUAAGAAUGUGGGUAACUUUAUUUUGCUCACUAUUGAACUCAGCAUGGCAAAAUGCAAUCUUGUAUGUAUACCUAGAGAAUUCUAUGUAUUGAUAAUUAAUACAUUUCUUAGUAUACUUUAAACUUUGACAACGGGAGUCGAGGAGGGAAAUGCUGAACUGUCACUGGCUUGAUGCAGCCUGUGGCCUGCAAGGGGGUUGGAUUUNUUACGUUUUUAGUUUAUUAACUUUAAAAUCAAUUCUUUUCCAAAUUUUUUUUUUUCUCACUAAUUAGGGGCCAUCCAUUAUGAACUUACGCAAAAAAAAAAAAAAAAAGAAAGAAAAGUCAAACGUUCGACUCCCUCCACCACCCCUUCCCCCAAUGUAGCAAGCGUACUUUUUUGGACACCCCUAAUGCGUACGUAAAAGAAGCUUGCAAUUCCCUCCACCCUAAAGAAUAAAUAAAUAAAUAAACAAACAUAAUAAAACAAUAGAUAAAAUAAAACACUAUCGAAAUCAAAUAAUAUAUAUACAUACAUAUAGAUGAUUUUGACGCCACAAAUUUAAAAAAAAAUAAAACGUGCUUCACGGGACUACAGCGCCUAAUGUUUGGCCAGCUCACUGGUUCCCAUAAUAUAGGCCACGUCCUUUCGGGCGUAACGUUGCCCUCGGGCAGAGCAGUGCGUAUAGGACAAAGGAGGAGAGUCACAUCCGGCGCCGACAUCAUGGGCGCUAAAGUCGUCUUUAGGUAGGACCUCAACAGUGAAUUAAAAUUUAAAUUUCUUACACUUUAGAAAGACCAAGGGUGCCGAAAAAAGUAUUCUGUUCCAUUCCCGGGGGAGCACUUUUCUAUGCAUUGAGUGGCAUCAUUUUUCAAGCUUCGCCCCAGUUAGCACUUUUCCUUGGCUUGACCCAGUGCUGUGUUGCUUCCUCUUCCUCACAGGGGCACCGCGAAAUAUCAUAUAUAUUUCAUACAUUUUAUUUCAACUUCUAAUGCAAUGUGACAUCUAGUGGUCUUGGUGCAAACAGUAACUCUGUUGAGUAACUACUGUUGGCAGUUACUGGAUGGCCCUUAGUGACCUACAUACAUGGUUUAUUUAUAUUUACCCACACCCUUUGUUUUAUUUAGUUUAUGCAUUCGCUAUUUCGAAUUGCACUUGUUAAAAAUGUAUCCAAUUGUUCCCUAGUGAAAGGGAGCCGGGAAUCCAAACAUUUUUAGGAACCACUGGUGUAGCCGUGGAAGGAGGUUUGGGGGGGGGGGGAAAUACGCCACACAGACGUCGAACGUACUGUGGACUACGGUUAUAUUACGGUUAUAAUGCUACUACUGAGAACUAUUUAAGCCAUAUUUAGCGAGUUCAUUUGUGAUAACAAAAGAUGACGUAGUGAUGUUCAUUCCUAGAAAACACUGCCUGACAUGUUUACCGCACGAGAGCUAUAAAUCUGCUGUUGUGUGACUUUCGGAGAUUCAUGAUGAUUGAAAUUGUGCAAUUUUUAAAAUAAAUCUACGGACUUUCUGACGUGCGGCCUCUUCCCCCCCCCCCCGGCUAUGCGCACGGUUACGCAAAAUCUCCAAAAUCAACAACCCCCCCUCCCCCCCUUUUCUCCCUCAUCAGUGCGUACGUACUAUAUGGAUCAACCCUUAAGUUUAAAGAAAUAUCAGUUUGAGAUUACUUCUAUCGGUCAAUACUCCCUAAAUUUAAAAAAAUAAAACCAUUUUUUUUUGGUCAUGUAUUUACAGAACAAACCUAGAGAUUGUAAAAAUCUUGAAGCUAUUAAAUGGAACAAAUGAUAUACUGGGCGUUACUGGGGAAUCGAGGAACCCAGAGAGAUACAGGACCAAAUGGAAUUACGUGGCCAAUGAGACUUCAGGUAUGAAAGUGAUCAAAUUUGUAAAUUCUAAUUUUUAAUCUUAAUUUUUUUUUUCGCUUUAAAAAUAUAAUUUGUAUAUAGAUGUCAAAAGAUUUUGUUUAAACACAAUCUAAUUUGAAUUUCAUUUUAGUGUUCAAAUUUUCUGAAUUUUUUCUAAUUCAAUUUUGAUUUCUUCAUUUUCGUUGGAUCUCUCUCUCUCUCUCUCUCUCUCUCUCUCUCUCUCUCUCUCUCUCUCUCUUUUACCACUACCUUGAAAUAACCAAAAUAUUCAGCUUAGAUUUAAGAUUAAAUAUAAUAACAUGUUAUCUUUAAACUCAUUAAUUUUAUUCAAACAUAGUAUGAAAUGCUGUAAUGAGAGACCUAGCAAUCCCCCCCCCCCCCCAUCGACUUUCGAUUUUGGUCGUCUUUAGGUAAACGAAGUUUAAGAAGAAAUUGAUUAAUAUCUUCGUCAGAAGUCAAUAACAGCUUUGACCCACCAGCAAGCCACAUUUAUGUAAUGGAAGGCGAUUUUCCUCAAUACAGGUGACGUCCGUCUGGUUCCGACGUCUGUGACCCACGAGCCGCCUCCGGGCGACCUUGACAUCGUCAAGUGCAGCGCGUACGGGGCAUUCACCAGGGGCUUUGUGGAGUUUGUCCUGGAGAACAAGCUGGCCGCCGAUUUGUUGAACUGGUCAAAGGUCGUGUACAGUCCAGACGAGAUCUACUGGGGUACCCUCAACUACAACGUGGCGUCCCCUGCACCUGGGGGGUUCAAAGGUAUCUGGCUAUUGGGGGUGGGGGUGGCGGGUAUGAUAUUGUACACUGGUGUGGGAUUUGGGGGGGGGGGUGAAAGAAGGUUUUCGAGGGUGAUAGAUAGUACAAACCUAAAGAAAUGAUAUAUAUUUGGUGAAAACAUAUUUCCAGGUGUUCCAGCAAAACGAAAGUGGUUGACCUCGUAUUCCAUCUGGCCCUGGGAACAUUUACCGUGCCAGAAGUUCGUUCAUCAGGUAAAAAAAUAA